AUGCCCACGAGCAGCAUGGGUCAAACUCCGCUCCAAAUGCCUGAACUACUUGCAAAUGUACUUCAGCAUGUCGACCACAAAACCUUAUUCGCCGCUGCCCAAGUCAACUCCCUUUGGGCAAAUGAGGCAACAAAUACGCUUUGGCGAAAAUCAUAUCGCCGUGAAAUUGAAUCCUUAUCCGCCCCAUUGCAGGGUCUAGCUAAAUGUUCACAAGAGCAACGAGAUUGGUACACAAGGAAAAUUCGUCACUUGGACAUCGAGAAUGAUUAUGAUUCAGAUGUGUCAUACUCAAUUAUCGAUCUGCUUAGGGAGAAGAAAUUCACCUUCCCGAAUGUUCGGUCUGUCAUUGUAGAUUUGGGGAGUGGGAAUAUGAAGGAGACAGACAUGGCCCAGUUCUUGUCGCCUAGUGUUGUUUCCUUGGAGCUCUUCGGUGGAUAUUACACCAGAUGGUUUCUGAAACAAGUUCAGAUGCAUGCACCUAUAUUAAGAUAUUUCUUGUUGGAUAAUCGCCUGGUCGAUGAAGAAGGGAUGACCGAAUCCCUAACUGCAAAGGAUUUCAUGGUCUUCUUGGAGAACAUGCCAUCAAUCAGCCAUCUCGAACUGCAUCUUGGUUGGCAGCCGAUAAUAGACGAAGCUGUUCUAUCAAACAUCAUGCUACGUCCAAAUCUCGAGAAGCUCGGUCUUGGUCAUAGCAUACAACUACGCUGGGAGGUACUUGCCCGCAUAAUUGACGAGAGUCCUCAGGAUAUCCUAUUUCCUAUGCUGCGCUACCUCGAAAUUGCAGCGGAGAAGAAAGCCCUUCAACUAUUGCUACCAAAUUUGCCUCAUCUCCAGGGAGUCCGUCUCGUUCAAAUCGACAUCCCUUUGCACCCAGGAAAUCACAUACUCGGUUCCUUAUCUUACUGUCCGCGCCUUGAAGAUAUUAUCUUCGACAGCGAACACCCAACUCUCAUUUCGCCCAAAGAUCUCUUGAAGCUCGCCUCUGGCUGUCCUGAGCUUCGAAGACUGGAAUUGGGAGAUAACUUUCAGUGUGACGUUGGCUUUACGGAUGAGUUGCUCGAGACUCUUGUAUCCAAAUGGAAACACCUGGCCGUCCUGUCCCUCCCAUUUACGGUAGAGCUUUCCAUUGUAUCGCUUAUAUCCCUGGCUCGCCAUUGUCCUUGUCUGUACGAACUGAAACUCAUGACUGAUCUAGAAUUGACGCUUCUUGCCGAUGAGUCUGAAAAAAUCACAUUUCCAUCCUUGGAUUUUAUGCAGGUUGGGCAAAUCACCAGUUCAAGGUUGGAAACUGAACAAGAUGUUGACUUACUUCGAAGUCAACUAAUCCAGCUUCUGGACAAUCGGUUCCCCGCUCUAAAUUCAUUUUCCUUCAACCUUACGGUUGACAGCGACCGCAGCAGUGGACUCGCAAAGGCAAUCAAGCGUCACCUGGGGAAUACCAGAACAUCCAACUUUGACUCAAGACCAUUACCAGUUGAUUUAAUGUUGACUAGGCGACUGGUAGAGCCUAUUCCAGGUAGUCGAUACAAUCCUAGCCUAAAGGCAGGAUGGAUAUGGCCUGUGCAGUGA